UUUCACAGCGGUCGUAGAAAAGAAUUUUGGUCAUAACGCAUUUCUACCGAAGAAACCCGAGGAAAUAUUAAAGAGUGGAAAUAUCAAUAACGUUGAUGUAAUUAUUGGUUAUACAAGUGAAGAAUGUAUCAUUGGUUUAAUGGACAAAACGGUAAUAUCAACAUAUUAUAAGUAUGACGACAUAUUUGUCCCUAAACAAAUAUUAUGUACCAGUACACCAAAUACUAUUUUAAAAACGGCGGAUGCUAUAAAGAAGCACUAUUUGACUAAUAAUGUAGAUAAAACGCUACAAAAUAAAGAAAUUAUUAGGUAUUGGUCUGAAUGUGCCUUUGUGUACCCCAUUCUAAAGCUCUUACGACUCCUCUCAGAAUCAGAAAAGUGCAAGACUUAUUUCUAUAGAUUUUCAUCAAUAUCAGAGAGAAAUGUUAUGGGAAAUUUGGGAAAGGAAUUCGGAGUCACCGGUGCAUCCCAUCUUGAUGAUUUAAUGUAUUUGUUUAAUGCAAAUAUAAUGAAUCUUCCAACUGACAAAAAUGCGGAAAGUUUCAAAAUGAUUGAACAAUUCUGCCGCCUGUUUACAAAUUUUGCUAAAUAUGGGAAUCCCACACCAGAUACAUCACUGGGUGCCAUUUGGAAGGAAUAUAACGAUAUAAACAAACCAUAUUUGGAUAUUGCUGAUCGUUUAAUAUCAGGAAAUAAUCUUAAUGAUGAUGUCUUCGAAUUCUGGGAAGAUAUUUUCAAGUCAGCUGGCAGUCCCAUUUAUUUACAAUCAUAAUUUAUUAUUAAACUAAUCAAAAAUAUAUGACCAACAAAAGUACUUCAUUAUGUAUUGAUAUCUGUUCUAUCUGUUGUUGUAUGAUGCAAUAAUUGGAUUAAAUGAGCACCUAACAAUACGUUUAGUAAGCUGUAACUUUAGCAAGCUCUUUUUACGUUCAUAUUUAUAAUGUUAUUAUUUAUAUGGGAAUAAAUGAAAAUAAAUGUA